UGCUUGACUUGACUCUACUUUCACUUCAGUUUUACCAUCGCCCGGUUCCUUACUCCACUUUUAGGCUUCGCCUCAUCGUUGUUGUGUUAGGCUUGGGUCGACGAUUCUCAGAGACAAAGAAUUUCAGCAGCUGAAAGCACUGUUCUCCUAGCUACUGUCCAUCAUGAAAUACACUGUUGAGGCAGUUCUGGCCUCUGGGGGCCGUCUUGGCAAACUGUCUCAAACGAGUACUGCUGGAACCAUCGCCAUGGAAACUCCCAUGUGCACUCUUUUCACAAAGGGAGGUAGUGCUCCUCACCUGAGUGCUGUGAUGUUGCAAAGAAUCUCACAGGUGCCUGAGGUUGCCUGUAUGAGCCUUGGGUCUAUAGCCAGUCACCAUGAAAAUGUCCGAGAAUUUGGCAAAGGUCUGGGAGAGUUCUCUGCUAUGAAGGACAAAGUCAUCUUCACCACAUUGCACGAUGCAACAGCUGCGGUAGCGAGUGGCAAGAACGAUAAAGGUGGCGUGGCAGUUUGGGGCAAGGGAGGAAAGAUGAAGCUCGACCCUCAGCUGUACAUGAAGGUGCAGGAAGCUUUUUGCCCCGACUGGUUCCAGGCGUUGAGCGACGGAGACACCGACAAGACGUGCGGCAAAAAGAGACUGUUGAAGGCUGUUGAUCGCACUCUGGAUUUCCUGGACGACAUUGUGGAGAUGAAGAACGAGAGUGAGGUGUUGAAGACGUCGAGCCUCAUCGGGGCCAUUGAGGGAGGCUACAGUGUGGAGGAGAGGAGACGGUCGGCCAAGGAAACGGCUGCAAGACCAGUGGAUGGUUUCCUCAUAGAAGGAUUUGAAAAAGGACAUUCCAGUGUGGACCUAUUUGCGGAUGAGGAAUUCAUGACGGUUCUAACAGAGACAAUGGUUCAUCUUCCCGAUGAUAAGCCUCGGAUGAUGGACGCGGUGUGGUCUCCCUUACAAGUCAUCAGAGCUUUCAGGCUGGGCAUUGAUGUGUUCUCCAGUGCUUACCCACACACACUGACGGAGAAAGGCUUUGCCCUGACAGCGGACUACAGUCUCCCUCCCACCUCCCAGCCUGCCAAGUUGGAGUUGGAAGGAUCCAAAGAGAACUCUGCUUCCUCAGGCUUUUACGUGGAUCUCAAUGACAAAAGGUUCUUUGAGAGUUUUUCUCCCAUCCUGCCUGGGUGCGGCUGCUACACAUGUGCCAACUUCACCUGCUCCUACCUGCACCAUCUGCUGAACACGUCCGAACUACUGGCCUACGUGCUCCUGACAAUUCACAACUUUGAGCAGUACUUCAAGUUCUUCGCCCGGCUGCGAGAGACGGGUCGCCAGGACAAACUGUCGGAGCUGGAGCAGUCGUUGGCACGCCAGGAAGGAGGACAGCGGGAAGACGUGGUCAGAUGACCUGUGACCUUGUCAUGUAUGGGGGGGGGGGGGGAAGGAGGUGUG